AUGCCCAUACCUGGUCUGCCUGCAAGACCUGCGGCCGUGCUGUGGGACAGUAGCGCUAACUCCGUACAGACUGCUAGAGCUGCAGUUAGCCUUACUAUCAGUACGGAGUUUAAACAGCGGCGGGUCCUCUACAAAACAGCACACCUGCAAUCAUGUCUGCCCCAGCUACAGAGGGUCCUGGUGCCUCAGGAAUGGCAGGGGGGCAACCGCAGACUGCAGCAGACCCAGGCUCAGGUGGAUGAGGUGGUGGACAUCAUGCGGGUGAACGUGGACAAGGUGUUGGAGCGAGACCAAAAGCUUUCAGAGCUGGACGACAGGGCAGAUGCUCUUCAGGCCGGCGCAUCCCAGUUUGAGACCAAUGCCGCCAAGCUCAAGAGGAAGUACUGGUGGAAGAACUGCAAGAUGUGGGCCAUUUUGAUAGCUGUGAUCAUAAUCAUCAUUGUCAUCAUUAUCAUUUGGAAUAAGUCAUAAAACAGCAGGGGAAUGGAGGAAUGGCAUGACUGUUGAUGAGAGAGUGGAUAAGAUGAUGAAGUAUCAGCUGAUACCAUGAAGACAGAGAGCAUGUUCUUCCAGAACUCUAAAGAUGUUCUAGCCUGCUGACUUUCAAAAGCAUAUUUUGUAAAAUAUCUCAACUCUGUUUUUUUUAUGUUUCGGUUUUAAUGACUUUGAUUUAAAUGUUGCCUUACAGGUGAAGACAAACGCUUACACGUCUCACUCGUUUUCCUGACUAAUCCUUUAUUGAAAUUAGUUUUCUGGUACACUCCCUACUGUCACUAGUUAUGCAUACCACGGUGGCCUAACGUCACCUUCAACGCUCAAGAAACGGUCUCCUAACUCUGUGUGAUGAGGCAACAAGAUUAAUCUGUACAUGUGUUCAUGAAUAGUUGGUUCAGGCAUAACAGUUGAAAUAUACUGACCAAAAAAUGGGGGAAUGUGACCUUACACACCUCUGCUUCCUGAUCAGUAGAGAGAGCUCAGUGGCUCUGAAAACAAGUUAGGUAACAAGUUUGCUAUAAAAUGACGGAGCUGUCUUUAGUUAUAUAGUGCCUUACAGUUUUAUUGCACAAUACAGCACAGUUUAGAACCAGCCAUCCACUCGAAGGCCUUUAUUAGAACAAAACAGACUUGAGUGCCAUUAGAACCUAGCUGUGCCUUUGAAAACAACACUGCCAGCAUAACUUACCCAGCAACUUAAUGCAUAAUAGAGAAUCACAUUCAGAUUACAUUCUUAGCUGCAUGUCCUUUCAUGGUCAAAUGAUAUAUAUAAUUUUUUUUUUUGCUACACAGAUGUUUUGCAGAUGAAAGGUUUGACUAGAAUCUUUUGCUGCUUUUUUUAUUAGUCUAAUAAUCAGUAUAUUCGCACUGCUUUAGCAUUUCUCAUGUCAUAGCGCUGUAAAGCAAGGCAGUUUUCUCCACGUCUGAUGCCAUACCUCUUCUUCACUGCGCCAAAAUGACAUUUGUUUAUUUGUUUGUGUGAUAUAUAUGUGCCUUCUUUGGAAUGUAUGUAAAUUGUAAACAGCUCUAUAAAGUGGCCUUCCAAACUGAUGCUUAUUGGAUUUGCCAUCCGUACAUUAAUAAAUAUGGAUUUAACAGUG